CCGCGUUCCCCAAAAGCCGCCGCGGCGGCGGGGAGCAGCGCUGGGAUUUGGGAGCGGCGGGGUCGGCACGGCAGGACGCGGGGCUCGGGCAGGGCUCGGCGGGAAGAAGUUCUGACUAAGAAGCAAACCAAGAAUUUGGAAUAUAAGCGGGAAAUGAGACACCUGAGGUCAUGGGGCGAAAUUACUGGAUGAAAGAGGAACCAAUAAUGCCAGCACUGAACUGGAAGCCCUUUAUCUAUGGAGGUUUAGCAUCAAUCACUGCAGAAUGUGGUACUUUCCCCAUUGAUCUGACCAAAACGCGUCUCCAGGUUCAAGGUCAAGUUAAUGAUGCUAAAUAUAAAGAGAUCCGCUACCGUGGAAUGCUGCAUGCACUGGUCAGAAUAUGCAGAGAAGAAGGGUUGAAAGCCUUAUACUCUGGGAUUGCACCUGCAAUGCUACGACAAGCUUCAUAUGGAACUAUAAAAAUAGGCACUUACCAGAGCUUAAAAAGAAUGUUUGUUGAGCAUCCAGAAGAUGAAACCCUCAUGAUGAAUGUUCUGUGUGGCGUUCUUUCGGGAGUAAUCUCGUCAUCUAUUGCCAACCCUACAGAUGUCUUAAAGAUCAGAAUGCAAGCUCAAGGUAGAACAAUUCAAGGAGGAAUGAUGGGCAACUUCAUAGAGAUCUACCAAAAGGAAGGCACUAAAGGAUUAUGGAAGGGAGUAUCAUUGACAGCACAGAGAGCUGCUAUUGUUGUUGGAGUAGAGCUGCCAGUGUAUGACCUUACCAAGAAGCACAUAAUUAUGUCUGGACAUAUGGGAGAUACAGUAUAUACUCACUUCCUAUCCAGUUUUCUUUGUGGGUUAGCUGGAGCCCUUGCAUCCAACCCAGUUGAUGUUGUAAGAACACGCAUGAUGAAUCAGAAAAGCCAAAACCAUGGGGGACACUCAGCCUACAAAGGCACUUUGGAUUGCUUGUUACAGACAUGGAAGUAUGAAGGCUUUUUUGCUCUGUAUAAAGGCUUUUGGCCAAACUGGUUAAGACUUGGUCCUUGGAAUAUCAUUUUCUUUCUGACAUAUGAGCAGCUGAAGAAAUUGGACGCCUGACAUGCUGAGCUGUGUGCAGAGUUCUCUUAAUGUACUGGCUGAGUUUAGAGCAAUGUGCAAGUUGUCUUGAGUGCUUGCUCUUUAUUGUCUGAGCUGCUGGCCAAAGGAAGAGAUCACUGCAAGACUGAAUGAGAAGAACCUGGAAGAGAUCACUGCAAGACUGAAUGAGAAGAACCUGGAAGGGAUUUCAAAGCAAACUGGCUCCUGGAACCAUGGUUUGUGCACGUGAUUCAGUGGCUGAUGGGCACUGUUUUUCAGACUGAACCAAACAUCUUCUGUCAACUGUUUCAAUGUUCUUGAAUGUAAAGAUCCACAAUGCAACUUUGUGCAUCUGAGUCUCGAAGCAUAGUGUUUUAAAAGAGUCAAAGAAAAGGGUUUUUUUCUUCUGUAGUUCCAUAAAGGAAGGAAAAGAAAAAUAUUUCUGUAAAGGAAAAAAGUAUUUCUGUAAGGGAAGAUAAGCAGAACUGAGGAGUUGGGCUUUUCCUGCUUUCAUAGCUUAAAGCUUCCAGUUAACUGGAAGUGUCACAAGACAUCUUUGCUAGCUUUCAGGUUGGCAAAAUAACUACUGCAAUAUAAAAUCUGUUUCUGGUUUUGAAGCUUUCCGGUGUUCUAAGUCCUGAGAUGUCUGCAUAAUUUUCUGGGAAUAAUCCAGCUUCAUUAGCAAGUGUGGUUGCUACAGUUGACAGUUUUACAUAGCUUGAAGAAAGCUUUUUUUUCUUCCAUGUAUAAUUCUUGAUUUCAGUAUAAGUGCUUCUUAAACAUAUUCAUAUGGAAAUUGCUAGUAGGAAUGAAGUUCAAACAAGUUCAUGCCCAUCUGCUGAUCUUGCAGAGAAACUUUCCAUGCCUCUUCCCAUCCUUGGGAAGAACUACUGGUUACUGUCAGUUUUACAGAGCAGGUUUUUACUGAGCAGUCAGGCUCUGUCAUGUGGGUGCCUAUUUGACAAGAACCAACCCCUCCAAAAGUAAAUCUGCUAUGAAGACUGCUUUCCUCCUUUAAAAAGACCCCCAAGUCAGAACUAGUGGAUGUUUUCAUAUACCAAAGAUGCUCAAGUUGCUGUUGCAAGGAAACACUUGAUGUAGAAAUCAACCAAAGUUUCUACAAGCAUUACCUUUAGGCUUAAAGGUAUAUCAAAACUUCAGGGCCAUUAACUCAACAGUUACAUCAAGCUUCUUAAGUGCUGUUGUUGAAUUCCAGGAGAAAGGAGUGUGUGAGAUGCAAAUUGUAGGAUGGAUCUUCUGUGUUUACAGAGGGCAGCAAAGCAGGAUCCAUGGCUUUGGAUUUUUGUGGCCUUGUGUUAAUAUUUUACACAUUUUUCAUAAGCAUUCCACUUAAAGAAGUUUCAUUGCGAUAUCAAAAUUGCUGUAAUCACUUAAAAUUACUAAUUUUGAAUUCACAAAUAGAAUUUUUAAAUGCACAAGGCACUUUCUUUCCUAAGGUAAAACUUUUUCUAUAUAUAGGGGUAUGCUGAUGUGCAGUGUUUCCCCUUAAAACUGUUUCUGUGCUUUAAUAAGAAGUGUAAAUAUUUUUGUAUGCUGUGUAAGUAAAGUAUAUGUUUUUCAAGCCUAUUAAAAGCUUUGAAAUGUAAA